CCGCGGCGACUUCCUUCCUCUCCCGACAAGAUGGCGGGGGGUGAGGCUGGCGUGACUCUCGGCCAGCCGCAUCUUUCUCGUCAAGAUCUCGCCACUUUGGAUGUUACCAAACUGACGCCACUUUCACACGAAGUAAUCAGCAGACAAGCCACAAUUAAUAUAGGUACAAUUGGCCACGUAGCUCAUGGGAAAUCCACAGUUGUAAAAGCUAUUUCUGGAGUUCACACUGUCAGGUUCAAAAAUGAGCUAGAAAGAAAUAUUACAAUCAAGCUUGGAUAUGCUAAUGCUAAGAUUUAUAAACUUGAUGACCCAAGUUGUCCUCGGCCAGAAUGUUACAGAUCCUGUGGAAGCAGCACACCUGAUGAGUUUCCUACAGACAUUCCAGGGACCAAAGGAAACUUCAAAUUAGUCAGACAUGUUUCCUUUGUUGACUGUCCUGGCCACGAUAUUUUGAUGGCUACUAUGCUGAAUGGUGCCGCAGUGAUGGAUGCAGCUCUUCUGUUGAUAGCUGGUAAUGAGUCUUGCCCUCAGCCUCAGACUUCUGAACACCUGGCUGCUAUAGAAAUCAUGAAACUGAAGCAUAUUUUGAUUUUACAAAAUAAAAUUGAUUUGGUGAAAGAAAGCCAGGCUAAAGAACAAUAUGAACAGAUCCUUGCAUUUGUACAAGGUACAGUAGCAGAAGGUGCUCCUAUUAUUCCAAUUUCUGCUCAGCUGAAAUACAAUAUUGAAGUUGUCUGUGAGUACAUAGUAAAGAAAAUCCCAGUACCGCCGAGAGAUUUUACUUCAGAACCCCGACUUAUUGUUAUUAGGUCCUUUGAUGUCAACAAACCUGGCUGUGAAGUUGAUGACCUUAAAGGGGGUGUAGCUGGUGGUAGUAUUCUCAAAGGGGUGUUAAAGGUGGGACAGGAGAUAGAAGUCAGACCUGGUAUUGUUUCCAAAGAUAGUGAAGGAAAACUCAUGUGUAAACCAAUCUUUUCCAAAAUUGUAUCACUGUUUGCGGAACAUAAUGAUCUUCAGUACGCUGCUCCAGGGGGUCUCAUUGGAGUUGGAACCAAAAUUGACCCCACUUUGUGCCGGGCUGACAGAAUGGUGGGGCAAGUACUUGGUGCAGUUGGAGCUUUACCUGAGAUCUUCACAGAAUUGGAAAUCUCCUAUUUCCUGCUUAGACGCCUUCUAGGUGUACGCACUGAAGGAGACAAAAAAGCUGCAAAAGUGCAAAAGUUGUCUAAGAAUGAAGUGCUCAUGGUGAACAUAGGAUCCCUGUCGACUGGAGGAAGAGUUAGUGCAGUCAAGGCCGAUUUGGGCAAAAUUGUUUUGACUAAUCCUGUGUGCACAGAAGUAGGAGAAAAAAUUGCCCUUAGUCGAAGAGUUGAGAAACACUGGCGUUUAAUUGGUUGGGGUCAAAUAAGAAGAGGAGUGACAAUCAAGCCAACAGUAGAUGAUGACUGAAGAAUUUGGAUCAAAUCAGAUUUUCUAUUACCAAAUUAGCGAUAUAUUUUCAAAGUAGUGCUGGGGAGUGAAUUUCACCUUAGUAGCAAUUAUUCUCAUUUUUUGGUGAUGCAAAUAUAACCUCUCUAGUACUGAAAUUAGGGUCUACAAUAAAUGUAAAAAUUAUUGGAUUGAUUCUCUUAGAAACUACUCAUUCCCAAAUAAUGUCUAAAUUACAUAUCACUGCUGGUUUGAAAUGAAACUGCUACAAUUAGCUUUUGCCGUAGCACAUGUACCACCGAACCUAUUUGAAAUAAAUUUUUUCUUCUUA